ACUGUUUUCUAAAAGACGCUGUGGUAGAAUUUCAUUUCAAAAUGAAGGCUUUUGUUUGGACCCUAAGUAUGCUACUCUUCCUACUGGGCAGUGGUCAUUGCAAAGGAGGACAAUUCCAAAUAAAAAAAAUAACCCAAAGGAGAUAUCCCCGUGCUACAGAUGGUAAAGAGGAAGCAAAGAAAUGUUCAUAUACAUUCUUAGUACCUGAACAAAAAAUAACAGGGCCAAUCUGUGUCAACACCAAAGGUCAGGACACAGGUACUAUUAGAGACAUGAUCACCAGGAUGGACCUCGAGAACCUGAAGGAUGUGCUGUCUAGGCAGAAACGAGAGAUAGAUGUCCUGCAGCUGGUGGUAGACGUAGAUGGGAACAUUGUGAAUGAGGUGAAGCUGCUGAGGAAGGAGAGCCGGAACAUGAACUCCAGAGUCACUCAGCUCUAUAUGCAGCUGCUACAUGAGAUCAUCCGUAAGAGAGAUAACUCACUGGAACUUUCCCAGCUGGAAAACAAAAUCCUCAACGUCACCACAGAAAUGCUGAAGAUGGCCACCAGGUACAGGGAACUAGAGGUGAAAUACGCUUCCUUGACUGAUCUCGUCAAUAACCAGUCUGUGAUGAUCACUGUAUUGGAAGAGCAGUGCUUGAGGAUAUUUUCCCGACAAGACCCCCAUGUGUCUCCCCCUCUUGUCCAGGUGGUCCCACGACACAGUCCUAACAGCCACCAGCACACCCCUGGUCUGCUGGGAGGCAAUGAGAUACAGAGGGACCCAGGUUAUCCCAGAGACGUAAUGCCACCACCUGAUCUGGCAACGGCUCCCACAAAAAGCCCUUUCAAGAUUCCGGCAGUGACUUUCAUCAAUGAAGGACCAUUCAAAGACUGUCAGCAAGCAAAAGAAGCUGGGCACUCGGCCAGUGGGAUUUACAUGAUUAAACCUGAGAACAGCAACGGCCUGAUGCAGUUAUGGUGUGAGAACAGUUUGGAUCCUGGGGGUUGGACUGUUAUUCAGAAAAGAACAGAUGGCUCUGUCAAUUUCUUCAGAAACUGGGAAAAUUAUAAGAAGGGGUUUGGAAACAUUGAUGGAGAGUACUGGCUUGGACUGGACAAUAUCUACAAGCUUAGUAAUCAAGACAAUUAUAAGCUGAUGAUUGAACUAGAAGACUGGAGCGAGAAGAAGGUCUAUGCAGAAUACAGUAGCUUUCGUCUGGAGCCCGAAAGUGACUACUACAGGCUGCGCCUGGGGACUUACCAGGGGAAUGCUGGGGAUUCUAUGAUGUGGCAUAAUGGUAAACAGUUCACCACGCUGGACAGAGAUAAAGACAUGUAUACAGGAAACUGCGCCCACUUUCAUAAAGGAGGCUGGUGGUACAAUGCCUGUGCACACUCUAACCUCAACGGAGUAUGGUACAGAGGUGGCCAUUACAGAAGCAAGCACCAAGAUGGGAUUUUCUGGGCUGAAUACAGAGGCGGGUCCUACUCCUUGAGGGCCGUACAAAUGAUGAUCAAGCCUAUUGACUGAAGUCUCCGAGGAAAGCAUAAGAACUUCUCCAAGUUCCCCAAAUCUCAGCAUACAUGUUACUUUGCACAACUUAUUUUUGCAGGCACAAUUUGUAAAAUACGUUGUACUACUAUAAGAAUGUAUCUGUGAAAACAGUUCCAUUUUCCUUCAAUGUGCUACAGAAGAGUAUGCAAAUCCUUGUUGU